CUGGGAGGCCGGUAGUUAGGUAGGAAAGGCAGGUUCCAGAGCGAAGCGUAACGGGGGAGUUCAGGCUUCGCACGCCACGGUUGUUUCGCGCCUUCCGUUCCUGUUCCUACCUCGAUAUUUUAUCUGACGUCAGCUCGCAGCUCUUCGUACGGAGGUCUAGGCAGCAUGGCCGAGUACUCAUAUGUAAAGUCCACCAAGCUCGUGCUUAAGGGCACAAAGGCCAAGAGUAAGAAAAAAAAGAGUAGAGAGAAGAAGAGAAAAAGAGAAGAAGAUGAAGAAACUCAACUUGAUAUUGUUGGCAUCUGGUGGACAGUAUCCAACUUUGGUGAAAUUUCAGGAACCAUUGCCAUUGAAAUGGAUAAAGGAACCUACAUUCAUGCACUUGACAAUGGUCUUUUUACACUGGGAGCACCACAUAAAGGAGUUGAUGAAGGUCCUAGCCCUCCUGAGCAGUUUACUGCUGUCAAAUUGUCUGAUUCCAGAAUUGCCCUGAAAUCUGGCUAUGGAAAAUAUCUUGGUAUAAAUUCAGAUGGACUUGUUGUUGGGCGUUCAGAUGCAAUUGGACCAAGAGAACAGUGGGAACCAGUCUUUCAGGAUGGGAAAAUGGCUUUAUUAGCCUCAAAUAGCUGCUUUAUUAGAUGCAAUGAAGCAGGUGAUAUAGAAGCAAAGAGUAAAACAGCAGGAGAAGAAGAAAUGAUAAAGAUUAGAUCCUGUGCUGAGAGAGAAAAAAAGAAAAAAGAUGACAUUCCAGAAGAAGACAAAGGAAAUGUGAAACAGUGUGAAAUCAAUUAUGUAAAGAAAUUUCAAAGUUUCCAAGAUCAUAAACUUAAAAUAAGUAAGGAAGAUAAUAAAAUUCUCAAAAAGGCUCGGAAAGAUGGAUUUUUGCAUGAGACACUUCUGGACAGGAGAGCCAAAUUGAAAGCUGAUAGAUACUGCAAAUGAUGAAGAUAUUGGUUUUUGUUUCCCUUUAUUGUUUUUCUUUUUUCUGAAUAAAGUAUAUGGUGGAUCUGCUUA